AUGAGGCUCGGCGGCUGGGUUUUGGCCGAUUUCACGUGCAUCGAGCAGCCGAGCGAACGUCAACUUUUCACCUGCGAGAGUAUAGAAAAGCUCUACUUUUUCAACGUGACCUCCGGGAAAUGCCAACGCUUCUGGGGGUGCGAUCGGCGAUUUUUCGGCAGUCUUGCAGAAUGUUUCGUCGAUUGCGAGGAUGCGGCGCCGACCAAAUUUCCAAUCACAGCGGUUCCGCCCGCCGCUGCAUCAGUGUUCAGCCCCAGGACCAGAACUACGAUCCCUCCCAGCAGCUCCACGACGCUCCGAACAACGGUGUGGAACUCGGCCAAAUACGCGGAAAUCAAUAAGAGAUACGAGGCCGCGGCUGCGAAUCGACUGCCGGAGGCCGCCAUGAUCGAGGCGAGUUUU